CUUUUUGCGUCUCUUACAACACACAAACACUUACUUCUUUCAUUUCAUUUUAUCACUCUCUCUUUUCAUAUCUCUCCUCACCAUUUGCUAAAUAUAUAUAUAUAUAUAUAUAUAUAUAUAAAAUCUACAACACAACACAACUCAAUACAACACUACACUACACUGCACUGCACUACACUAUCUAUACCAUACUAUACUAUACUACACUUCACUACAACUGCACUACAUCAUAAACACACACACGUUUAUACCACUCUUAAUCGAAUAUAUACAAAUAUAUAUACAUAUAAAAAUACACAUACAACAUAUACAUAUUCACAUAGAGCCAUGGCCGAAUCACCAAGUUACAUCUCAUUUCAUGACCUGACUCCAGAGGCUCGGUGGUUAUGGGCGUCUCCGUCGAUUGUUGAUGUACUUGGGUAUACAGCAGAGGAGCUGAUUGGCAGUUGUGUGUACGAUGUGAUCUUGCCCUCGGAUGUGCAACAGGGAAAGACAACCCAUAAAGAGAAUGUGAUGAAUGACUUUGCCGCAAGUCAGACAUUACUUCGAUGCAGAAAUAAGGACGGACGGGUGGUCCAAUGCCUUGCUGUCUUCAGUGUCUGUUACGAUGUCAUCAUCAACCGUUCCAUCCUUGUCGAUGAAACGGCCUGUCCAUAUGUUCCACUUCGGGCCCAUUCUGCUGCAAUGACUCGUCUCGUAGGAUCAAAGAAACAGGAAUUCGAGAGAAUCAAACGCCAUCAUGAAGCAUUCGCAGCCAAUACCUGGGAUUCUCAGGGAUUACAGACAGAAUUGCGUGCCUGUAUGAUCCUGAAUCGAUACUCACGGAACCUGAUGGUCAUGUAUGCCUCCCCCACGUGUGAACAAAUCUUCCAUAUUGACUCGGAGCAAAUUGUUGGCAAGCCCGUUCUGCUGUUCGUUCGGGCAGACGAUCUGGCCUCGUUUGUGGAACAGCUGGAUAUGAUCAAGGCCUCUUCCUCGAUCCUGCACAUGAAGUUUUGGUUCCAAUCCCCUAACUGGGCUCGAGAGAUCCCUUGUGAGGCCAUGAUCUUUGGUGCCUCGGACGGGAUCGUGGCCAUCAUGCGACGGUGUAGACCCUUUGUGAGGAAACAUUUCCUCACCAACAGAGCUCACUAUGAUGUCUACAACAGCAGAAACUCCUCCUGGUCAUCAACCGUAAGCACAGCACAGUCCUAUACCUCCACCCCUUCCUCCUCCGUCUCCUCCAGUCCGAUCACGAUGUCCAAACUCCGGGAGAUCCGGAUUGUGGAACAACAUGAAGAUGGGAAGGUCAAGCCCCUGACUAUUCCUAAGGACGAUCCCAGUCUAAUGUCAGAGAUCUCUAGUUUUCCUCAUGGAGUCAAGGAGAUCCAAGUCCGAGAUUAUGUAGAGGAGGAGGAUGAUGAUGAUGAGGAUGGCGAUGAGGAUGAAUAUGAAGAGGAUGAUAGUUAUUAUGAUGACAUUAGCAAGGAUGAUGAUAUGGCUGUGGAUGGUAGGGCUCGAGAUGUUCGAUAUAACGAUGGCAGAGUAGAUAGUGCUAUGAGAACUUUGAGACUUCGUGAGCAAUAGUAUAUAAUUAAAAGGAAAGGAAUAAAAUAAACCCCCC